AAUUUGAACCAGGGGCUAACUGACCAUUUGGAAACUCGGGCACUGCCCGGGUGCCCGGGGUCAAUAGGGGGCCCCAUGAAAUCCCCCGGUACAUUUUUCAUAAGCUUUUGAGUUUGGGCAAGGACACAGGGGCCCCAUGAUCCCCUAUUGCCCGGGGGCCCCCAUGAGUUGUCAGUCCGCCCCUGAUGGGAACAACUGGCUGAAUCAUAUGAUCUUGCCAAGUGUCGUGGUCAGUCAUAUGAUAAUGCAAGCAAUACGUCCAGUCAUUAUAGAGGAUUGCAAGCCAGAUUUCUGG